UGAAAGGAAGUAAAGGAGAGGAAACUAAAAUACUGGAAAAAGAAAAUAUAAAAUAUGGAUCAUUAUAGUCCCCAGACUCCUAGUCGAGGUUGAACACUCGGAAUCCAAUAUGGCGGGCAGAACAUCGUGAUCAAUUGCGAAUAUAGAUGCCUUAAAAUCACUGAUCAUGACGGAUUAUGAAGCGAAAUGUGUACUUGCAGUUGUUAAGUUUCGAUUUUUUGCCAUAAUUUCCCAAUCUAGCAGCUCUUGAAAGCGCUUUUCCGAUGCUAUCUAGACACGUGUUACGUCAUUUGUGCAUGCGUGAUUUCAGCUGUGUUAGUGAUCAGAUCCAUGCAGUUUAGAGAUAUUUUGCCUCCAGAUGCUUAGAUUUUUGUUGAUGUCGAAUGGUAAAGCCACAAAGCGUCUUCAUGCCUUGGCUAACUCGUUCAGAGUUCCUCUAAGACAGCUGUGUUCAGAUGGUGCUGUUAGUAUUGGAGAUGUGAGUAUCAAACUGAAGACACCCUCUUCUCCAGAGUUAGUUCCAGUAAAGUAUGUCAAUGGAGAACUUCCUCAAUCAGUGCUCAAGAAUCUGCGAUGGGUCAUGCAAAAGGAUAAACUGGGUCAGGAUGUUUUUCUUAUUGGACCUCCAGGGCCAUUAAGGAGACUGCUUGCCAUGCAAUACCUGGAGUUGACCAAGCGUGAAGUUGAAUACAUUGCAUUGUCUCGUGACACCACUGAGUCAGAUCUAAAACAGCGAAGAGAAAUCUCCUCAGGGACUGCCUAUUAUGUCGACCAGUGUGCUGUACGUGCUGCAACCAGGGGAAGAGUACUGAUACUUGAGGGAAUCGAGAAAGCUGAACGUAAUGUACUACCGGUGUUAAACAACCUUCUUGAAAAUAGGGAGAUGCAGCUAGAAGAUGGACGAUUUCUGAUGGCUGCCAAGAGAUAUGAUGCUCUUUUAAAAGAGCAUUCUGAACAAGAAUUGGAUGCAUGGAAGCUUGUGCGAGUCAGUGAGGACUUUAGAGUCAUUGCACUGGGGUUGCCUGUGCCUCGUUACCAUGGGAACCCUCUGGAUCCCCCACUGAGAUCAAGAUUCCAAGCAAGAGACAUUCAUCUGUUACCAUUCAAGGAUCAGCUUGCUGUUCUUCAAUCUGCCUGCCCCAGUUUACCCCAAGAAAGGCUAUCACAAUUGGCCUCAUUUGCACACACAUUACAAUCAACAGAGCUGGCUUCUGUUGGACUUCCAGACUUUCCAAUUCACAAUCUUGUAAAUAUUGUACGAAUUAUGGACAUAAAUCCAAAACACUCAUUAGAAGAACUCAUUCACAGGCUGUAUCCCUAUGAUGUCAUAUUUGGUGACGAAGGACAAAAGGUUGUCAGGGAUGCACUCAAGACAUUCAAUCUUGAUGACAGAAAAACCAAGAAAUCCUUGUCUACGUCGGUUGGUAGAAUAAAUAAAAUAAGCACUGAAUCUUCUGUGUCCAAAGCAUCUGUUGAGCUUGUCACAGGAAAAUGGAACACGGUGUUUGAAACUCAUGCUGGCAAUGACAUGACUCGCAUAAAGGAGAACAAACCAGAUGAAUUACAGUUUGUCAUGACAGAAUCACAUUCAAAGUUAUUAGCAGACAUGCUGGAGUCUCACGCCGUUCAUGAUUUCUGUGUUGUUGGACCAAAGGGUUGUGGAAAAAGUGUGCUUGUCCAACAGUUUGCCAAUUUUCUGGGCUACAAUAUUGAACCUGUUGUGCUUUACCAGGACAUGACUGCUAGAGAUUUACUCCAACAACGUAUCACUUUAGCCAAUGGCGACACAAGCUGGCGGUACUCACCUCUGGUAAUGGCUGCCCUGGAGGGAAGCAUUGCAGAGUUGGAUGGAAUUCACAGAGUGAAUCCUGGGACACUUGCUGUACUGCAAAGGCUUAUCAGUGAAAGGGAACUAUCUCUGUAUGAUGGAACAAGGCUGUUACACCAUGACCGAUAUCAAGUGAUAAAAGAAGACAACAACUGGUCUGAUGAAGAAAUGGCCUCCAGGGGAGUCUUGUGCAUUCACCCAUCAUUCCGCAUCACUGGAUUGGCUGAGCCUCCUGUGAUUGGCAGCUCUCAACCCCAGUGGCUGAACUCUGAACUUUUGUCCAUGUUUCUGUUCCAUCAUGUAAGCCCACUCUCCAAACAGGAAGAAGCACAGGUGAUAUACGACAUGGUACCAGGAGCCCCACGUGAUGUUAUGGACAAGCUGCUUGAUCUCACGGGCAAGCUGCGAUCGUCAAAAGAUCCAACGGUUUCGUCCAUUGCAUCGUCAUUGUCCACUAGACAGCUUCUCCGCAUUGCUCGUCGCCUUGCAAAUUAUCCAGCUGAAGAUCUCGAGCAUUCAAUCCACAAGGCUUGUUUAGCAAGAUUUUUACCAAGGCUGGCUGCUUCAUCGCUGGAAAAAGUCCUGAAUGAUUCUGGAAUACACGUCCAGAAAGAUCCUUCUGAACAAGAGCCAACAGAUGCCACUGACUUUGUCUGUGAGUACAUUUACAUGUUUCAGACUCUAGCAAAGUCGCUCUAUCAAACUCAGCACNACAUGUUAAAAGACUUCAUGCUUGGGGAGCAUUUACUACUCGUUGGAAAUCAGGGUGUUGGUAAAAACAAGAUUGCCGACAGAUUUUUACAUCUGUUGAAUCGUCCAAGGGAAUACAUUCAGCUACACAGGGACACAACAGUUCAGUCUCUCACGCUACAGCCGAAUGUUCAAGAUGGAGUCAUUAUUUACGAAGACUCGCCGCUGGUUCGCGCGGUUAAGUUUGGUCACGUGUUAGUUGUUGAUGAGGCAGACAAAGCGCCUACUCACGUGACCUGCAUACUUAAGUCCUUAGUGGAGAGUGGAGUGAUGGUUCUUGGAGAUGGGAGACGAAUUGUGACAGGUGACGAUACAGCGCCUCUUCCUAGUAAUGCUAUCAGGGCUCAUCCAGACUUCAGGAUGAUUGUUCUUGCAAAUCGGCCAGGAUUUCCUUUUUUGGGAAAUGACUUCUUUGGAGCUCUUGGUGACAUAUUUAGCUGUCACGCAGUGGAUAAUCCAGACUUCGAGUCAGAAAUGGCCAUGUUGCGUAAGUACGGUCCCAGCGUUCCUCAGGAACUUCUGCAUAAGCUGGUGAACGCGUUUGGUGAAUUACGCUCCCGAGCUGAUCAGGGUUUGAUCUCAUAUCCUUACUCUACCAGGGAGGUGGUCAGCGUCGUCAAACACUUACAGGCUUUUCCCGAUGAGGGCUUGGCCAAUGUCGUCCGCAAUGUGUUUGAUUUCGAUUCAUAUCACCCGGAAGUGAAGGAGGUGGUAACAGAAGUGCUACACAAGCAUGGAAUCCCUGUGGGAGCCUCAACCAGGAACAUCAACUUGUCGAAAGAGUUUCCUCUGCCUUCCCCAACCCUGGUCUCUACCUGGAAAAUUUCUGGGGACGAGGAUGGUUUCAAUGCCGGAAUCAACUGUCCUGUGGAGGAAAGAAAACUUAAGAUGCGGGGCCCUGCAACUAUUCCAGUAAAACCCAGAGAAGUUGAGCGUUUCAACGAUCGUUCAUACGGCUUCUCUGAACAAGUCGGUCACUGGGAUCUUCCGAUGCACGAGGGAGGAGUGGUAAUGAGUGUUGCUGCUGGACCUGGAGGAAACCAAGGCGACUGGAUCCACACCCUGGCAUUCAACCCAGUCUCUCUCUACUCACAACAGACCAAUCAGGACACAGUAUUAUGUAUGGACCUUUAUGAGAUGUUUCCGCGGUACAAUUACGCGGUUCCCCAGCUCAAAAUGGCGGCCUUAGGAGGGGACCUCCAGGGUCAGGUGCUUAUUCACGAAAUGGACUCAAACUCGUUAUUCCUAUUAAACCCUGCAGAAAAGGAGCUUCGAUCCCUUAACUUUAAAUCGAUUGUCGACAACACCAAGGAGAAACUUACGCGCCAUUUUUCGGUUGACAAGGGAAAAUUUUUAAUGAGUUCAGAAUUUGCCCACGAGAACAUAAUUAUUGUUUAUCAAGAGGAUAGCAAUAAAAUGGACGUCGUGGAUUUAAUCAACAACACAACUCAGCAUAUCACCAUGCCCUUCAUCAUUGGACAGUUUCACCCUUUCUCACGUGACUUGUGGCUCGUGUGUGAGACUGGGACAGACCGGAAUUACCUACUGACAAAACCUUACCCGGAAGCGUCUGCUCCUUGCGUGCUUCAUCCAAUUGAAAGCAGUAACUUGAGCGGGGAGGAAAAUGGACGGUGGAAAGCGAUAUCAGCUCGGAGUUUACCACCCGGAGCGCUUUCCGCAAUUGUCAGAGAGGAGAAGAGAUCAAGAAGUAAUCGAUUGUUGGUCGGUUCUGAAGACUAUGCGACUGUGGCGGUAGCACAGCCCGAUCAAAUGCUUGAAAAGUCGCCUGUCAGUUUUUAUUCGUUUCAGAGGGAAAAGCAAAACAAACCCGUGGAAUCAGAGCACAAAAAAAAUCCUUUGGACAAACUUAUCUCAGAUGACACAGUCCCUCCUCUGUGUCUUCCCGCCACGGCCCAAGUUGUCCGUUUGGUCCCAGGUUCCUCUGUUCCCAAGAACGAAGAUCAAAUAACGAAAGAAGACGAGGAUCCUUAUAACUUCCGAGCGCAAAGCCCUUUGGGAUACAUGGAAGUUACAGAUGUUGGUAGAAGGUCUGUGCGUUACAUACCAUUCCCAGGCCGGCACGACCUAUCACUGUACGCGCGUUUGGCGGGAAAACCCUUGGUAAUGGCGCCAACGACAUAUGAAGGUAUUGUGACGGUAGACGUAGCCGGCCGCGUUAGGCUGUGGGAGACUGGUGUGACGAAUCUCGUACGGUCAUUGGAGAAAUGGAAGGGACUCAUUGGGGAGGACUAUCAGGGCCCCUUACAGGUUAAUUACUCGAGGGAAAGUGGAGAGGACGUCACGAGUCCAAAACAUGGCAAGGUGGACCCUAAUAAUGCACCUCAUGUAGGCGGGAACACGUGGGCUGGGGGCACCGGGGGCCGUGAUACCGCGGGGCUCGGAGGUAAAGGGGGACCUUAUCGGCUCGAUGCAGGACAUGACGUGCAUCAGUUAUCCGAUGAAGAGAAAGACGCAGUCCCGGAUGACGUCAAGCGGGCUGCGCGUGAUAUGGGUCGGCGUGCAUUUAAACAGAGAUUGCGUGAAAUCCAGAUGAGCGAAUAUGACGCCGAGAUGUACGAAUCUUACUCGUCACGUGUUCGCCGCCAGGUCCAGUCUCUGCGCGUCAUUCUUGACAGUCUGCAGGCCCGGGGAAAAGAGCGAGUGUGGCUUCGGAACCAGACCUCUGGCGAGCUGGACGACGGCAAGUUAAUCGAAGGACUAACUGGAGAAAGAGCGAUUUACAAGAAACGAGGAGAGGAAGACCCCGAGCAAGGAACUCCUCAACGCCUUCCUAAGCGCCUACGAUUUGUAGUGGAUGUCAGCGGUAGCAUGUAUCGAUUUAACAGCUUAGACGGGAGACUACGGCGGAUGAUGGAGGCAGCGUGCCUGGUGAUGGAAGCAUUUCAUCAGUAUGACAACAAAAUUAAGUACGAUAUCGUUGGCCAUUCCGGCGAUUCUCCCGAGAUUCCCUUCGUUUCCCAUGAUGCACCGCCAAAGAACAACAAGGAGCGCCUCGACGUCAUGAAACAGAUGCAUGCGCACGCGCAAUAUUGCUGGAGUGGUGACCAUACUUUGGAAGGCACGGAUUUAGCGAUCACGCGGAUAACAGCCGAGGAGGCCGACGAUUAUUUUGUUGUCGUACUCAGCGAUGCAAAUCUCGAGCGAUAUGGUAUACCCGCUGAGGCUUUUGGGAAGGCAUUGACGUCAGAUCCACGUGUGAACGCCUUCGCUAUUUUCAUCGGUUCCCUUGGUAACCAGGCAGACAGGUUAGUGAAAAAGCUGCCAUCAGGUCGGGCCUAUGUCUGCAUGGAUACCAAACAUCUGCCGCAAGUCCUGCAACAAAUCUUCACCUCCGCCAUGUUGACUUCAAAAUAAUAACUGAAUCAACGAGAUCUAGAGCUUUGAGUUAUGGGAUAGGUCAUGUAAAGUGCGAGGGAAGUCUGUUGUUAGAAUCAAUAAAGAAU